GACGCGCGCCGCAAGUCGUGUGUCUGUAUUCCGUUCGUUCGAGAAGUCUAAUCUCUCUAACAAGUCGCAAUGACCGGUCGCGGUAAGGGAGGCAAAGCUGGGAAAGGAGGAGCCAAGCGGCACAGGAAGGUGCUCCGUGAUAACAUCCAGGGUAUCACUAAGCCCGCCAUCCGUCGUCUGGCCCGCAGAGGCGGCGUCAAGCGUAUCUCCGGUCUGAUCUACGAGGAGACCCGCGGCGUGUUGAAGGUGUUCCUCGAGAACGUGAUCCGUGACGCCGUCACCUACACCGAGCACGCCAAGAGGAAGACCGUCACCGCCAUGGACGUCGUCUACGCUCUGAAGCGUCAGGGCCGCACCCUGUACGGUUUCGGAGGUUAAGAGCGCUGCGACACUAUAUAGUGUCGUCGUCGUGCGAUAUAGUGUAACUAUACGAUAUAUGUGUCGUUACCGUAUCGCGCGCUAGCGCACCGCGUCCUCAGACGCAAAUACAAAAAGGCCCUUUUCAGGGCCGCAUAU